AACUUCACCGAUCACUUCUCAAAUAUUCUGUUCUUCAUGGUGCUGAUGAGGAAGUGACUGCAGCUCUGCCUCCAAUAUGAGUCAGCAUGGAGCCUCUGCUGGUGGCCAUGGACAUUCAAGGCCAGUGGAUGAGAGGACACACUCCCCUGCACCCAGCUGUGUGUCUAUGAAGAGCGACGACUCCAAGGGUGAGGUCCCCAACUUCGGAGAAGGAGGCAGUCAUCCAGAAGCCAGGCCAGACUCCCCUGCACCCAGCUGUGUGUCCAUGAAGAGUGACGACUCCAAGGGUGAGGUCCCCAACUUCAGAGAGGGAGGCAGUCAUCCUGAUCCUAGCAUCCUACAGGAUGAAAAAACAAUUAAUCCGACCCUCAGCAAGGUCUAUCAUGAAGACCUGUCUACAUUAUUCAAGAAGCUUGAGGAAAAAGUCAUGACCUUCAUGAAGACGGAACUGAAGAGACUCAAGAAGCUCCUGAGUCAUGAUUACCCAGAAUCCCCUUGUGAUGAAGAGGAGGAUGAGGAGGACCAGAGAGAUGCCAGAGAUGGAGCUCUGAAGAUUGCAGUGCACAUCCUGAGGAACAUGAGUCAGGAGAUCCUCGCUCAGCAGCUGGAGAAAUAUGGACUUUUUCCUAGAUGUCAACAAGAACUCAAAAAUAGGCUCGCAAAGAGGUAUCAUAGUGUAUGUGAAGUUAUCCCAAAGCAGGGAAAGUCUACUUCUUUGGAGAAGAUCUACACAGAGCUCUACAUCACAGAAGGGGAAAGUGUAGAGGUGAAUACUGAACAUGAAGUCAGACAGAUUGAGAUGGUAUCCAAGAGACAAGUAACACAGGAGGAAAAAGCAAUCAAAUAUACGGACAUCUUCAAGCCCUUACCUGGACAGGACAAACCCAUCAGAACUGUGCUUACAAAGGGAGUGGCUGGCAUUGGAAAAACAGUCUCUGUGCAGAAGUUCAUUCUGGACUGGACUGAAGGCAAAGCAAAUCAAAAUAUCCAUUUCAUAUUUCCUCUUCCUUUUCGGGAGUUGAACCUGAUGAAAGACAAAAACUUCACCCUUUUGGACUUCAUUCAUCAUUUCUUCACUGAAACAAAAGACUUUGCCUUCUCCAACAAGGACCGAUACAACAUUGCCUUUAUCUUUGAUGGUCUGGAUGAAAGCAGACUUCCUCUGGAUUUCCAGCACAAUGAAUGCAUCUACAGCAUAACAGAAUCUGCCUCUGUGGAUGUCCUUCUCACAAACCUGAUCCAGGGGAAUCUGCUUCCCUCUGCUCUUGUUUGGAUCACCUCCCGACCAGCAGCAGCCAAUCAAAUCCCUCCAGAGUGUGUGAAUCAGGUAACAGAAGUCCGGGGUUUCAGUGACCCACAGAAGGAGGAAUACUUCAGGAAGAAAAUCACAGAAGAGGAGCUGGCAAACAGAAUCAUCACACACCUGAAGUCAUCCCGAAGCCUCUACAUCAUGUGCCACAUUCCAGUCUUCUGUUGGAUGGCAGCCACUGUUCUGGAGAGCAUCAUGACUGAAGCAGAGAGUGGAGAGAUUCCAAACUCUUUGACUCAAAUGUACACACACUUCCUGAUCACACAAUCCAAACAUAGGAGUCAGAAGUAUGAAAACAUGUGGAACCAGAAGACCAUUCAGUCACUGGGGAAACUGGCUUUUCAACAGCUGGAGAAGGGCAAUCUGAUCUUCUAUGAUAAAGACCUGAGAGAGUGUGGCAUAGAUGUCAGACAAGCAUCAGUGUACUCAGGAGUGUGCACUCAGAUCUUCAGAGAGGAGGCUGGGCUGUACCAGGGGAAAGUGUUCUGCUUUGUUCAUCUGAGCAUUCAGGAGUUUCUAGCAGCUCUAUAUGUGUUCCUCACAUUCCAGAACAGAGGGAUCAAUAUACUGGAUCAGCAGCCAAGAGGUGUUUUUUCUUUUCUGAAGACAAAGAAUGAAAACAUCAAUGAGCUAUACAAGACUGCAGUGGAUCUGGCAUUAAACAGUGAGCAUGGACACCUGGAUCUUUUCCUGAGGUUUCUUCUGGGCCUCUCAUUGGAGUCCAAUCAGAAACACUUACAAGACCUGCAGCCAAGGUCAGGAAGCAGCUCAUUACACACAGAGGAAACAGUCAAGUACAUCAAGGAGAAGAUCAGAGAAACCACCACCCCAGAGAGAUGCAUCAACCUGUUCCACUGUCUGAAUGAACUGAAUGACCACUCUCUGGUGGAGGAGGUCCAGGGCUACUUGAGGAAGGACAACAAACCCAGAAAGGAUCUCUCUCUUUCGCAGCUGUCAGCUCUGGCUUUUGUGCUGCUGAUGUCAGAACAGGAACUGGAGGAGUUUAACCUGGAGGAUUAUGGGGGAUGGAGUUCACCUGCCAGAUCAGAUGCAGGUCUGCUGAGGAUGCUGCCAGUGGUCAAAACAUCUAAAAGAGUCAAGCUGAUUAGUUGUUCCCUCACAGUGAAGAGCUGUGCAGCUUUAUCUUCAGCUCUCAGAUCAAACUCUUCCAGUCUGAGACAGCUGCACCUGAGUGACAAUCAUGUGGGAGAUUCAGGAGUGGAGCUGCUUUCUACUGGUCUGGAGCAUCCAAACUGUAGACUGGAGACACUGGAGCUGCAGUGUUGUUCCCUCACAGUGGAGAGCUGUGCAGCUUUAUCUUCAGCUCUCAGAUCAAACUCUUCCAGUCUGAGACAGCUGAACCUGAGUGGCAAUAAUGUGGGAGAUUCAGGAGUGGAGCUGCUUUCUACUGGUCUGGAGCAUCCAAACUGUAGACUGGAGACACUGGAGCUGCGGGUGUGUAAGCUCACAGAGAGGAGCUGUUCAUCUCUAGCUGCAGCUCUCAGAUCAAACCCCUCCAGUCUGAGACAGCUGGACCUGAGAGGAAACACGCUGCAGCAGUCUGGAGUGAAGCUGCUCUCUGCUCUACAGAGAGACCCCACAUAUAAACUGACUGAACUAUGGCAUGGAUGGUAGAGCCAUCAGUCAUCCAUCAGUGUGGUGGAGCACAGCUGCUGCAGAUGCUGCAUCAGUCAUCCAUCAGUGUGAUGGAGCACAGCUGCUGCAGAUGCUGCAUCAGUCAUCCAUCAGUGUGAUGGAGCACAGCUGCUGCAAAUGCUGCAUCAGUCAUCCAUCAGUGUGGUGGAGCACAGCUGCUGCAGAUGCUGCAGUUUCCAGACACUCAGGACCAGAUGAUCCUCCAGCUGCUCCACUCAUCAUGUGGGUCAACUGCUCACUGCUACACUUUAAAGGGGCCGUUUUGUAUUAUAAUAUACUGUAUGUGUAACCUGCGUUGUGUGGAACCACCGCGGUCCAGCCCUGCACACGCCCGGACUCGAACCCGCGAGACAGCAGCACCUCGGAUCGGGAGUCGAGCGCGCUAACAAUCCAGCUAAAAGCCCAGGCUACUAGCUUUCAUGCCAGCAGCGCUCUUGAAGCGUCGGGGAGUGAGGUUUACUAACGUUCCACAGCAUAGCUAACCAGCUAGCACCCGUUACACUCACCCCCCCAAACCUCACUCCCGAUCCGGGUCACGGCACCAAUGUAACCUGCGUUGUGUGGAACCACCGCGGUCCAGCCCUGCACACGCCCGGACUCGAACCCGCGAGACAGCAGCACCUCGGAUCGGGAGUCGAGCGCGCUAACAAUCCAGCUAAAAGCCCAGGCUACUAGCUUUCAUGCCAGCAGCGCUCUUGAAGCGUCGGGGAGUGAGGUUUACUAACGUUCCACAGCAUAGCUAACCAGCUAGCACCCGUUACAUAUGAUCAAUACUUAUGAUGAAACCAAUUAAGUCUGACUUUUUUCCAAUUUGUAGUUAAAAUACAUAACGUUUUUGAAUGUUCUCCUUACUUUUAUGUAGCCAACACCUUUGUUUUCAAGGUUCCAAUUUCAAAAGUCUUGGGUAGAUAAUAGUUCUUACAAGGCUUGAAGACCUUUGAAAAACAUGUUGCUAUUUAUAACUAAUUCCAUUACAUCCACCUGUACUCUCAUAUCAUUAUUGUUGAGAAUAUAACCAUAUGUGCCACUUUUGUUUUUAGUUAGAUAAAAAAAACGUUUAAAAUGUGAAGGUGUAGCAGACUGCCUAACCAGAGUGUCUGAAAGCCCCCCGAGUGUUAAAGGGGCAGUUUUGUUUAAGCAUUAUCGCACAAGUGGGAGUGGUGUUGUUGGCCAAUAUCGCCACGGCUGUGGUUCGCCGCAGGCACGAAGCCGAAGGCUGAGUGCCGUAGGUAACUACAGCCGUGGCGAUAUUGGCCAACAACACCACGACCACGAGUGCGAUAAUGCUUUUAUACAACAGUUCAAUUGCCAACAAAAAAAAAGAUACCCGAGUGCAUUUUUAGGAAGGAUAAUUAUUAUUUGCCAUCGUUUUAUUUAGCCCAGUUCCUCCGCUAUGCAAAGUAGGCCAAAGUGUGUGCUCUGAUUGUAUGUAAUAUGUGAAUAAAAUGUGCUACCCUA